CUAGGAGAAUCCAGCGACAUCCGCCACCAUGGUGAACUUCACUGUAGACCAGAUCUGGGCCAUCAUGGACAAGAAGGCCAACAUCUGCAACAUGUCUGUCAUCGCCCACGUGGACCACGGCAAGUCCACACUGAUGGACUCCUUGAUGUGCAAAGCUGGCAUCAUCGCGUCCGCUCGUGCUGGUGAGACCCGCUUCACUGACACCCGGAAGGAUGAGCAGGAGCGCUGUAUCACCAUCAAGUCAACCGCUAUCUCCCUUUUUUAUGAGCUUUCUGAGAAUGACUUGAACUUUAUCAAGCAGAGCAAGGAUGGCUCUGGCUUCCUUAUCAACCUCAUUGACUCUCCUGGGCAUGUGGACUUCUCCUCAGAAGUGACGGCUGCCCUGCGUGUCACUGAUGGCACCUUGGUGGUGGUGGACUGUGUGUCAGGUGUGUGUGUGCAGACAGAGACAGUGCUGCGGCAGGCUAUCGCUGAGCGCAUCAAGCCCGUGCUCAUGAUGAACAAGAUGGACUGGGCCCUGCUGGAGUUGCAGUUGGAGCCCGAGGAGCUGUACCAGACCUUUCAGCGCAUAGUGGAGAACAUCAACGUCAUCAUCUCCACCUACGGCGAGGGCGAGAGCGGUCCCAUGGGCAACAUCAUGAUUGACCCUGUCCUUGGUACUUUCUAUGCCUUUGGACGCGUCUUCUCAGGGCUGGUGUCCACUGGCCUGAAAGUCCGGAUUAUGGGCCCUAACUACACCCCUGGGAAGAAGGAGGACCUUUACCUGAAGCCAAUCCAGAGGACCAUCCUGAUGAUGGGCCGCUAUGUGGAGCCCAUUGAGGACGUGCCUUGUGGGAACAUCGUGGGACUGGUGGGUGUGGACCAGUUCCUAGUGAAGACUGGUACCAUCACCACUUUUGAGCAUGCCCACAACAUGCGUGUGAUGAAGUUCAGCGUCAGCCCUGUGGUCAGAGUGGCUGUGGAGGCCAAGAACCCAGCUGACCUUCCCAAGCUGGUGGAGGGGCUGAAGCGGCUGGCCAAGUCCGACCCCAUGGUGCAGUGCAUCAUCAAGGAGUCAGGAGAGCACAUCAUCGCGGGCGCUGGCGAGCUUCACCUGGAGAUCUGCCUUAAGGACCUGGAGGAGGACCACGCCUGCAUACCCAUCAAGAAAUUGGACCCCGUGGUCUCGUACCGGGAGACAGUGAGCGAGGAGUCGAACAUGAUGUGCCUCUCCAAGUCCCCCAACAAGCACAACCACCUGUACAUGAAGGCGCGACCCUUUCCGGAUGGCCUGGCUGAGGACAUCGACAAGGGGGAGGUGUCUGCCCGCCAGGAGCUAAAGCAGUGUGCCCGCUACCUGGCUGAAAAGUAUGAGUGGGAUGUGGCAGAGGCCCGCAAGAUCUGGUGCUUUGGCCCUGUCGGUACUGGCCCCAACAUCCUCACUGACAUCACCAAGGGCGUGCAGUACCUCAAUGAGAUCAAGGAUAGUGUGGUGGCCGGCUUCCAGUGGGCCACCAAGGAGGGGGCGCUAUGUGAGGAAAAUAUGCGUGGAGUGCGCUUUGAUGUCCAUGACGUCACCCUGCAUGCCGAAGCCAUCCACCGCGGGGGUGGUCAGAUCAUCCCUACGGUGCGGCGCUGCCUGUAUGCCAGUGUGCUGACAGCACAGCCGCGCCUCAUGGAGCCCAUCUACCUUGUGGAGAUCCAGUGUCCGGAGCAAGUGGUUGGGGGCAUCUAUGGUGUCCUGAACAGGAAGCGAGGCCAUGUCUUUGAGGAGUCCCAGGUGGCUGGCACCCCCAUGUUCGUGGUGAAGGCUUACUUGCCUGUCAAUGAGUCCUUCGGCUUCACUGCCGACCUGCGGUCCAACACGGGUGGCCAGGCCUUCCCCCAGUGUGUGUUCGACCACUGGCAGAUCCUGCCCGGUGACCCCUUUGACAACAGCAGCCGCCCAAGCCAGGUGGUGGCAGAGACCCGCAAGCGCAAGGGCCUGAAGGAGGGCAUCCCCGCCUUGGACAACUUCCUGGACAAGUUGUAGGCAGGCGGCACCACUCCAGCUCCACCACGGCAGCAUGUCCUCACUCAAAUGACACCUUGAGACUGUCCCUACACAGUAACCUCUGCCUCACGGGUUUUCGGGCCUGCUCCACGCCAUCGUGCCAUUCACACUUGAUGCUGUUUCUAUUUAUUUUGGGUUUCACAGAGCAGCAGAAAUGCCCUCUCUGCAGGGACUUUUGGGCCGGUGGGUGGGAAGGUGGGGCAGGACACCCAGUGUUUUUCAUUUGUUCAGAGGGAACCACAACUUGAUGCCCCAAAAUUUAAAAUAAAUACAUUACG